GUUCCCUAGGGCUCUGUGCUCUAGGGCGGAUCCGUGCGUCUACAUCAUUGACCGAGCUCAGGCUGUUACCGGGGAGAACUACCUGCUGAGAGCGAACCGAGCCCAGCAUCCCAACGGAUCCGUGUUGUGUUGUGCGGGAUGGACGCAGCAGGGUGUGGCGUGUGCGGGGUGAAGGUGAUGUGCCGCUUCAGGCCGCUGAGCGACGCGGAGGGAAGCCGUGGGGACAAAUUCAUCCCCAAAUUCAGCGGAGACGACACGGUGGUGCUUGCGGGAAAGCCAUAUGCGUUUGACAGGGUUCUUCCUCCAAACACUGAACAGGUUCAGGUAUACGACACCUGUGCAAAACAGAUCAUCAAAGAUGUGCUAGGAGGAUACAAUGGCACCAUCUUUGCUUACGGUCAGACAUCAUCAGGAAAGACUCACACCAUGGAGGGGAAACUUCAUGACCCUCAUCUGAUGGGAAUCAUUCCUCGAAUUGCCAGCGACAUCUUUGACCACAUCUACUCCAUGGACGAGAACCUGGAGUUCCACAUAAAGGUGUCUUAUUUUGAAAUCUAUCUGGACAAAAUUCGAGACCUGCUGGAUGUAUCAAAGACAAACCUGGCUGUUCAUGAGGACAAGAACCGUGUUCCCUUCGUGAAGGGUUGCACUGAACGGUUUGUGUCAAGUCCUGAAGAAGUGAUGGACAUCAUCGAUGAAGGAAAAGCAAAUCGACAUGUUGCAGUCACCAACAUGAACGAGCACAGCUCUCGCAGUCACAGCAUCUUCCUGAUAAACAUCAAACAGGAGAACAUGGAGACAGAGACAAAACUGUCUGGAAAACUUUAUCUGGUCGACCUUGCAGGCAGCGAGAAGGUGAGUAAAACAGGAGCAGAAGGUUCUGUAUUGGAUGAAGCAAAGAACAUCAACAAAUCUCUGUCUGCUCUUGGGAAUGUCAUCGCUGCUCUGAGCGAAGGAACGAAAACCCAUGUGCCCUACCGAGACAGCAAGAUGACCAGGAUACUACAGGACUCUCUGGGAGGAAAUUGCCGAACCACCAUUAUUAUUUGCUGUUCUCCAUCCGUCUUCAAUGAGGCUGAAACCAAGUCCACCCUCAUGUUUGGACAAAGGGCUAAAACCAUCAAGAACACGGUUUCUGUCAACUUAGAGCUCACUGCUGAGGAAUGGAAGAAAAAGUAUGAGAGGGAAAAAGAGAAGAACAGAAGUCAGAGCGUCGCCAUCCAGAAGCUGGAGAAUGAGCUGAAGCGCUGGAGGAAAGGUGAGUCUGUACCUGUGGAAGAGCAGCUAAGCAGCAAAAAUAUUAAGAGCAACUCUGAAGCACCAGCUGUGACUGACAGCUUACCUCCACGCACUGUCCCUCUGUCAGAGGAGGAGAAGAGUCAGUAUGAGAUCCUCAUCACUAACCUGUACCAGCAGCUGGAUGACAAGGAUGAUGAGAUCAACCUUCAAAGUCAGACAUCUGAGAAGCUCCACCAGCAGCUGGCUGAGCAAGAUGAGCUGCUGGUGUCCAGCCGUCAGGAUUAUGGGCGGCUGCAGGAGGAGGUUUCCCGGCUGCAGAGGGACAACGACUUUGGCAAAGAGGAGGUGAAGGAAGUGCUUCAAGCACUGGAGGAGCUUGCUGUCAACUAUGACCACAAGUGUCAGGAGGCAGAAAACAAAAGUCGCUGCAAUGAGCAGCUCAAUGAGGAGCUUGCACAAAAAUCUGUUGAUCUUGAAGCAGUUCGGAUGGAGCUGUCCAACCUGCAGGAGCUGAGCUCUCACCAUAAGAAGAGGUCUGCAGAUAUUCUCAAUCUGUUGCUUAGAGACGUCAUUGAAAUUGGCAACAUUCUCGGCACCACAGAGCUCAAAGCUAUGGCGGAGGUGAGCGGGAUGAUGGAGGAGGAGUUCAUCACAGCUCGUCUGUACAUUAAUAAAAUGAAGUCUGAAGUCAAAUCUCUGGUGAACCGCCGCAAACAGCUGGAGGCCAACCUGAUGGAGAGUGGCUGCAAGAUGGAGGCCGCUACGAGGGAGCUGAGCACCUAUCAGCUGCUAGUUUCACAGCUCCAGGCCAAGUUAGAAUCACUGACUAAUGAUCUGCAGAAAUUGGAGCAGAAAAAGAGGCAGUUGGAGGAAAGUCAUGAUGCUCUGACGGAGGAGAUUGCCAAACUCCAUGCUCAAGGUCAGAUGCACGAGCUGACAGUGAUGGACAAAGAAAAGGAACACAUGAGCAGACUGAAGGAUGCAGUGGAGAUGAAGAGAACAUUGGAGGAACAGAUGGAGAAUCACAGAGAGGUUCAUCAGAAACAUCUAAGCCGACUCAGAGAUGAGAUUGAGCAAAAACAAAGAGAGACCGACCACCUCAGAGAUGUGAAUCAGGCGCUGCAGCUGGAGAACCGAAAACUCCUCUCAGACGUUGACAAGCUAAGAGCUGAGGAUCAAAACAAAGAGCAGAAACUACGGAAACAUCAGUUCCUAAAUGAGAGAAGGGAACAAGCCAAAGAGGACCUGAAGGGUCUAGAGGAGACCGUGGUCAAAGAGCUGCAGAUGCUGACCAACCUUCGUAAGCUUUUCAUUCAAGACCUCACUUCUCGAGUCCAGAAUAAUUCAGAUGGCGACUGUGAUGAAGCCGGUGGCAGUCUGGCUCAGAGGCACAGAAUCAUUUUUCUAGAAAAUAACCUGGAGCAGCUCAGCAAAGUCCACAAGCAGCUGGUUUGUGAUAAUGCAGACCUUCGUUGUGAGCUGCCCAAGUUGGACCGGCGUCUGAGGGCCACAGCAGAACGAGUGAAAACCUUGGAAAGUGCUCUGAGGAAUGCUAAGGAGUCGGCUGUGAGGGACCGCAAACGUUACCAGCAGGAAGUGGAUCGAAUUAAAGAGGUGGUCCGAUACAAGAACAUGUCCAGGAGAGGACAUUCUGCUCAGAUUGCUAAGCCAAUCAGACCUGGGCAUCAACACCAGCUGAUCUCUUCUCCGACCAUCAAAUCCUCGGUUAGAGGAGGUGGUAUACCCAGUCCACGUCAUCAUGCCCCCAGACUCCAGACAAGUCAAAAGCAACUCCCUCAGUGAAGCUACUACCAGUGGGUCACAAAUGAGGACUUCAUCUGUUUCUCAUGAGGUUCUGCUCCUGGAAACGUCCUUGUCCUCUCUGCUUUCCCUGAGGGUCUUUCAACAGCAUCUCACUGAAAAGCCCCACCUACAAAUAGCACAGGAUUGAACUUUGACCCAUCUCAGACUGAUGGGAAGCAGCAGUUACUUAUAAAAGGUUGAUAUCUUUUCUUCUUGUGUUAAUGCACACCCUGUGUUCUCCAGAGAACUGCUACCCACAUAGAUGAGCUUACACUCAUGAUGAUCCAUGGCUGAUCCUCGCUGUCUCAAUGUUUCUGUUUUAUAAAUAAAUACCAGUCAAUCUGAUGGUUUUUCUGGAAUCAUGGGGACCCACUACUCGAUGCCUUUUUAGAAUGAAAUAUUCAAGCCUUUUGUUUUUUAUGACAUAUUUUAUUCAUCCUGAUGUGUUUGAAGUUGUAAAUGUUCCUUUUGUGAUUGUAAUGGUUGUUUUGUAUUUUAUUAUGGAACGUUUUUGUAGUUGUGACAUUUUAACUUUUUAUUUUCCUCAGUGGCUUGCUUUGGUUUCUGUGUCCAAUUGUCCUUCAGGGAAAAGCUGGAAAUUAAAUUUGACUUCAACAGCA